AAUGCUUUUCAUAGUACUGGAAGGGUUGUGACAACUAUACAAAUAAUAAAGAUAACUUUAAGUUAGUUAGCCCAAAUGACCCCAAUGGCUUAGUUAAGCGACUGGAGUGAAUUUUGCCGUUGUAUUAUUUGAAUUUAUUACCAAAAAGGGUAGAUGUAUUAAUUAAAGAAAUUUUGGGGUGAUUUUUUUUAGUUACCAAGUUUAUUGUUCGAAAGUGAUUCAGAAAAAGUAAGUAGAGACAUGGAGAUAUUUAGAGUCAAGCUGGCACCCGAAAAGUCGGGAAAGUCAACAGCACAUCCGCCGUAUUCUAUUGAAGGAAGUAUAUCUAGCUAUGUGUACAAACAAAAAAAAACAAAGUUUAUUACUUCCAAAUUACUUAGUGUUACGCUUAAAUUCCUUUUCUAUGAAAUAUGUAUUUUGAACCCAAAUUCCUAACAUGCAUUGGGCGUUACGUGAAAGUAAAGUCGCGAAACGUUAGUUUUGUCCAAAAUAACUACCUGCACCCAAACAUUCUGUUUUAAGGCUAAAAAUAGGCUCCACUUAUGCGCAUGCGCAAUCAAGCUCUCAAUUCAUAACACGGUUCUAAUUGUUAAGUCCAAAGCAUUAUAAUCGAACCUCAUAAGCUAGGUAGAAUUAUUAUCAAGUCUUUAACUGCAAAUACAACUUGCUUAUUCAUAUAAAGCAGUUAAAACCAGCAAAAUGUCGGUAACCAUGUCAAGAUAUAAGCAACCAAAAAAGCUUGAAAACUUAGCAUUAUGCAGACUGGGAGAUUGGGUGGCGCAGCAAGCAGAAUGUCAAAUGUUACCGAUUGCAAUGCUUUCGCAGAAAGAUCCUAGUACGGCCCAAGACACCCUGUCCCACAACGUAGAUUGUAUAAGAGGAUACUUGGAUGUUAAUGUACCAUGGAUGCUGCACGAUUUACUAGUAAACGAAGCUAUUAGGGCAUUAUCAAGUCUACUUGACAAAACUAAACAGUCAUUAGGGUUUCGCGGCUGCAUGGGUAAAUUUGUAAGUCAAAUGAACGUAAUUGUAAAAAUGGCAGAAGUAUUAUUUACGAAGAAUUUAACUAUUGUAUCUGUUGACACUAUUCCAAAGAUGUUGCGAACUGUUUUCUAUUCUAAGUUAUACAUGUUAAACGGACUUGUUUACCUUAACUUAGGUUCACUUUCUGGAGGUUGGAAAACCUCAGAUAUGGAAUAUGCAGUUAUUAAAUCCUUGAAGGAACUACACCGAUUAAAGUAUUUGUUUAUAAACUACGAUUGCACUGAUAACAUAUUACGAUGCGUUGUUGAAAAUUGUAAACUUUUGGAAAAAUUAGACGUUUCAUGUUCUAAAUGUAUUACUAAUGAAAGUAUGGAUAUUGUAGCAAAAAUGAAAAAUCUCAGAAGUGUCCAAUUGUACAGAACAUUUGUCACUUUAGAAGGAUUUGUAAAAUUGCUAAUAAAAUGCAGAAAUAUCGAAGAUAUUGGCAGAUGCGAUGAAAUCGGUAAAAUUUUAGAGUACAUAGACCUUAACUACUGUGAAAUAACUACAUUUAAUUUAAAAUCGUAUGUUAGUAGAUACGCCACAUUAAAUCAACUACAAUUAGCCGUACAGAUGUGCCCGUAUAUUAGGAGCAUGACUGUGUUUCAUAAUACAUUACAAAGUGACUUAAUGGUACUUAUAGGACUAGGGGAACUAAAAGAACUUAAACUAUUAUCGUGUGACUUUUACGCUGAUCAGAUUAAACAAAUCCUUCAAGUUAAGGGUUGUAAUUUAGUCAAUUUACAUCUCGAACAUGUUGAUCAAAUAGACUUAAAUGCUCUCAUGUACAUCAGUCAAAUGUGCCCCUUCUUGGAGUCUUUAACAUUAUAUAAUUGUACGCUUAUACAACACACGUCGCUGUACACAAAAAAGCUAGAAAUAGAGCCUUUUCGCAAUCUGAAAAAAAUUACUUGUGUCUCUACAUGUACCGAUGAGCAAUUGUUAUUUAUGCUAACUAAUUGCAUCAACGUUCAAUUUAUUCAUUUAGGGACUGCGAUACAACUCACAGACGAAUUUAUGUUUAACAUACUAGACAAGAAUCCGCUGGUUUAUUUAAAGGAGCUACGUAUUAUGCAAUCGGAUUUCUUGACAAUGAUUUCCGUGCAGAGAAUUAUUCAAAGUUGCAUGAGUUUAGAAAUAUUAGUGGAAUUAGAAAGUUGGACGCUGUUAACAGAAAAUGACCGCGAAUAUAUCAGAAAUUACAUAAAAGUUAAUAAUUAUAAUAUUGACACGGCUCCUAUCAGAAGAUAUGACUCGUAAUUAAUAACGUUGUCACAGUGGGAUAAAAAAUAAUUACAAGGCAUGUGAGAACAAGAAUGACAAAUAAUUGUUCGCCAAAAUCAUAAAUAUAGUCACAAUUUUAUGUCGAAGUUACAAAAAUUUUGGUACAUAUUGAGCAGUAUUUCAUACCUAAGCACAUUCAAAAUUGAGGUAGUUCUCAUGGUUAAAAAUGAAAACCACAGUAAUCAUAUACAUUUUGUUUAUAAUGUAUUGUAUAGGUAUUUAUUUCAGUUGUAUAAAAGAGAAGUAAGUAAGAACCAUUUGCCUUACAAAAAUUUUAAGUACUCUAAUUUGUAAUUAUAGUUUUAGGUUUAAGUGUAAAUAUAAAACAAAGUUUUUUUUACUUCAUAAACACUUGAAAAUUGAUGUACUGCAGUUUUUCUUUUUAAGUUAAAUUUUACCCCUAUUCAACCAGAUAACCAAGAAUAAGAAUUUAAGAGCAUACUUACUAUAAAUUGUAAUCAUCUUUGUUUUAAGAAAAGUACCUAAUACUAAUAAUUAAUAUAAAAUUAAGUAAAGCAACUAUGUAACUACAUAUUUACAUAGUUGUUAUGUAAUUACAUAAUACAAAUACAUUAAACAUAACAUUUUUAUUUUUGUAGUAAAUCAUAAAAGACAUGAAAAAAUGAAAAUAUUCUGUAAAUAAUAUAAUUUUAAUUUAUACUACAUUACAUAAAUAUAUUGAGAAUGUAAUAAAUACCAGACUUUAAUAUACUCAGGGUAAUGUUUCGUUUUCAGUUUGAAAACUUGUCUACUGAUACUUAAACACAAUUAGCUCUAUAAUAACACAAACCACUUUUGUAAAUUGUUUUUUAAUUAUUUUCUGAAUUAUCAUGAGUUAAGUGCACAGUUA